AACCGGUGUUAUCAAACACGGUUAAAUUUUCCUCGGUGAAAAAUGAAAUCCAGGGUAAACUUCUCCUGGAAAAAAGUUGUUUUGCCCGUUAGGUCUUGCUCGACUCCUCACUCGACUCUCUGCCAUCUUCUUCGACCGCUUGCUGUGCGCCACCGCCGUCGCUCUGCCUCCAGCCAUCGCCGUGGUCCUUCGAAGAAGUUGAGGGUAAACUUCUCCUGGCAAAAAGUUGUUUUGCCCGUUAGGUCUUGCUCGACUCCUCAUUCGACUCUCUGCCAUCUUCUUCGACCGCUCGCUGUGCGCCACCGCCGUCGCUCUGCCUCCAGCCAUCGCCGUGGUCCUUCGAAGAAGUUGAGGGUAAACUUCUCCUGGCAAAAAGUUGUUUUGCCCGUUAGGUCUUGCUCGACUCCUCAUUCGACUCUCUGACAUCUUCUUCGACCGCUCGCUGUGCGCCACCGCCGUCGCUCUGCCUCCAGCCAUCGCCGUGGUCCUUCGAAGAAGUUGAGGGUAAACUUCUCCUGGCAAAAAGUUGUUUUGCCCGUUAGGUCUUGCUCGACUCCUCAUUCGACUCUCUGACAUCUUCUUUGACCGCUCGCUGUGCGCCACCGCCGUCGCUCUGCCUCCAGCCAUCGCCGUGGUCCUUCGAAGAAGUUGAGAUACACGUGAAAGCAAGGCAAGUUAAUAAUUUGAGAUGGGUUUGGUAUCUCAGAAUGCUCUAUCUAGGAAGCGGUCAAGUGACAAUAAUCAAGCUAACGUGAGGCUUCUGCCGAAAAAGAAGGAACAUAAAGUUGCCAGUGAGAUGCAGGAGAUGAAGAAGCUGGAGGGAUUCCUAUUUGGUCCUCUUCAUUCUUCUUUUGGAUUUGGUAAAGAGGCGGCAGAAGAUACAGGGGAAGAUAUAAAUGAGGAUGGUGUUUUUUCAUCUAAAGAUCGGUCAUCUGCUGUUGAUGUUAUUCUUCAAGAGGAUAAUGAGGUAGACAGUGAAGCUUCCAUGAGCGAUGAAGAGAGAGAGCCACACGAGACAAGGAAACCUGUAUGGAUUGAUGAAGAAGAACAAAUAGCGAAAAUCAACAUAGCCAAAACCAACAGGCUAAGAAAAUUAAGGGGAGAAGAAGGUGAGAUAUUGGUUAGUGGAGCUGAUUAUGUUGCAAGAUUAAGGUCACAACAUGUUAAGCUGAACCCCAGAACUGAGUGGGCGGAGCUUGGGUGGAAGUCUGAGAGAGAUGCUUUUGAUGACGAAUCAGAUGAAGAGAAUGAAUCAGUCCGAGCUCAAGGUCAUGGUGCCAAUGGCAACAACAUCCUUUUGUCGAGUGAGGAUGCAGUAGUAAGGAGCACAACAAAAUUAUUGCCUGGGCUCCUUGAGUUCUCAAGAUUGAUAGAUGGCAAUGCAGACGACCCUUCAAAUUGCCCCAUUACAUCAGUUGAGUUCCACAGGAAUGCCCAGUUGUUGCUUACAGCUGGACUUGAUAAAAAGCUUAGAUUCUUUCAGAUCGAUGGAAAGAGAAACACUAAGAUACAAAGCAUUUUUCUUGAGGAUUGUCCCAUUCGUAAAGCUUCGUUCUUGCCUGAUGGAUCACAUGCCAUCAUCAGUGGAAGAAGGAAAUUUUUUUACAGUUUAGAUAUAGUAAACUCCAAGGUUGACAGAGUAGGCCCGUUGAUGGGCAGAGAAGAGAAGAGCUUGGAAUCGUUUGAAGUAUCACCUGAUUCUACUACUAUUGCAUUUACCGGCAACGAGGGAUAUAUUCUUUUAGUCUCUUCUAAAUCGAAGCAGCUAAUUGGAACUCUAAAAAUGAAUGGAACUGCCCGAUCCUUGGCAUUUGCUAAUGAUGGACACCAGCUGUUGAGCUCGGGUGGAGAUGGGCAUAUAUACUCUUGGGACCUUAGGACAAGAAAAUGCUUCCACAAGGGCAUUGAUGAUGGUUGCAUUAAUAGCUCUGCGUUGAGCGUUUCAAAAGAUAGUACUGUCUUUGCUGCAGGUUCGGAUAGUGGAAUUGUUAAUGUUUAUAGCCGGGAUGAGUUUCUUGGAGGCAAAAGAAAACCAAUGAAAGCUCUUACCAAUUUAACUACUAAAGUGGACGGGUUGCAGUUUAAUCAUGAUGGUCAAAUCCUGGCCACCUUUUCAAGCAUGAAGCGUGAUAGCGUAAAGUUGGUUCAUGUACCAUCUCUGAGUGUAUUCUCAAACUGGCCCCCUUUGAAACAUAACCUUCAGUAUGUGCAGUGUUUAGAUUUCAGUCCGGGUGGAGGUUUGAUGGUCCUAGGAAAUGCUGCUGGAAAGGUUCGGAAACAAAGACAAGCCCAUGUUGCAUAUGUGAUUCCUACUCGAGAAAGGUUCUGGUAGACUUGAUCUGUUAUCUCCUGUCUUUCACAUACCUCAGAGGCUGAUGGAAUUAGUAGAAUGGGAGGAUGAGGGGAUAAGGUUGAACAGUGACCUGACACGGAAACCAAGUUUAAAUACCACCUAGAACUUCAUAUGCAUCAUCAGGUGCUGGCAGAACGAGUCCACAUUAUGCUCUUGCUAAGCGCUUCGUAUGUCAUCUACAUUGCUUGACUUUGGAAUGACCUACUUUCAUCAAUUCACCUUUGACUUUACAGGAACCUACCGCUACAGUCAUUCCAUGGUGAAAUAUAUCAUGUCUUUUCAAUCUUAAAAGUUGAUGAAUUCGAAGACUUCAUGUCACUCCAUGCUUCAAAGUCAUGCUUUAA